UGUUCAGUUCUGGGCAGCCACCACCACAGAGGAGACUCUCAAGGCUUUUGGCUAUAUUAUGUCAUCUUUUAAAUUAAUAUAUUUUUUUUUACAAUCUAUUCUAUCCUGUAGAUCUAGAUCAAAUGCAAAUUUUGAUACCAAGGUUGAAAUAAAAGACCAACAUUUUGCUACAAAAUAGCUAAAUUGGCUGCAAGCAAUACGCAUUUACUUAGAUAUAGACUCUAAUAUAAGAGUUACUCAGUUAGUCGCACAGAGUUAGAGAGACCUACGGGUAGUCUAUGGCUAUGCCGUUUAUGCUCACUUAAUUUUUUAGCAACCAACCAAUGGAAUUCUUUAUAUAUAUAAUAAACAAUUAUCUGCUUAAAAAAAAGACAAUUAAUGAAUGCAGAUGACAUUAUUAGACUAGUAGUUAUGUGAUUUUGACAUGGUUCCUUCGAAAUAUCUGACAGGGGAUAAAAGCACACAAAAGUCCAUCUUGAGGAAGAAUGACGCUAACCAAGAUAGAGGACUAUUACAAAAUAAAGAGAAGAAAUUUCACAAAUGGUUGUACUGGUAUACUCCCAUAAUUCUAAGCAUCCUGUCUAUAAUAGCUUCAUGGGCAUAUUUAAAAUUGAACUCCUAUGGCUCUGAGAAGUCAGUCUCAAUGUACACAGAACUAUAUGGCUGGAAAGUGGUGGAUUUGUUUCACACCCAUGAUAAAGAUGGAGACUUUUAUCUCAGCAUUGAGGAAGCCGUUCCUCUUCUGUUACAAAUACUUUCAGAGGGAAAUGUCACAGAAUCAACAGAUGCUCAACCAAAUGAAGAUGUGGUUACACUGGUAGCAAGAUUUUCACCUCUCAAUAUUUCAACCAUGAUGAGGGACUGGAAUGAAGAUAUUGGUACUAAUGAGUCUUUUAGUGGCCUCUUUCAUUGGACUUCUCCUGCUAUUCCUGAGAAAGUAUUUGGGGUUUCAAGGUUUAAAAUUGGUACUAAUGAGUCUUUUAGUGGCCUCUUUCAUUGGACUUCUCCUGCUAUUCCUGAGAAAGUAUUUGGGGUUUCAAGGUUUAAAGAUUUGUUGCCAGAUAAUCUCAGAGACAUUCCUCCACCAGGUACCCUCUACUCCAUUGUUGAUAUGGGAUCAGGUCAUGUCCAAGAUUUAUCCAGUAAUCGUUUUUACCCCCCAAAAGCGCAGAAAAAAGGAAAGUUUCUGUAUCUUUUGUUUUCAAUGCUUCAAGAAUAUCCUUUCUUGGUAACGAGGUUUGACCCCCAGGGAGCCAUGGGGUGUGUCCGAGCAGUUAGUGAUGAAUAUUUGGAAGUUAUUUUCAGAAUGCACAUAGAAUUCCAGCUCAAUGAUCCCCCAAGUUUGCCCUUUUGGUUCACACCAGGCCAGUUUACAGGUCGCUUGACUGUAUCUAGAGAUCUGACCAAAGUUUUGUUUUUCAACUUGUUUGUUCCAAAUAAUCAAAAAGUAAAUGUGGAUAUGGAGUGGCUCACUGAUAAAAAUGACCCUGAAGUCAUGGAGGUAGAUAUUGGUUUCAUGCCCAAAAUGGAAAUUAGAAGUGUUGGGUAUUCUCAUAAACCUAAUUCUGAUGGACAGGAAAACAAUGACUUUGAAAAUACAACUAUUGUUUGGCAAAAAGAAAUUACUUAUGAAGAGGCAAAAGAUACUUUGGAUGUGAGAUUUUUUCCAUUCAAAAAGGUGAAGUAUCAUAAUUUAACAGAUGCAUUUCAUUUGGCUGAAAAGGAGAACAAGCUUGUGCACACUAUACUGCUCUGGGGGGCUCUGGAUGACCAGAGCUGCUGAGGGUCAGCAAGGUCCUUGAGAAACACUGCCCUCAAGGAUCCUCACAUCAUCAGCCUGUUAGCCAAGCGCUUUGUCAGCAGUUGGUCAUUGACUGCAGACCUCAAAGCUCUUGCUGCUGACCCAGAAGAACAUUAUUCUCAUCUUGCACAGAAGUUGUUAGAUAUCUAUCAGUUUCCUGUCAUGCUGGUCAUAGCUUCCUGGGAUGGUCAAGUUGUUCAUCAGUUAAAUGCAAAUGAUUUGCUAGACAUGGGCACAAGCUUUGUGGAAAAUAUUCUGUCUAACCCGACUACCUUCAAUUACCUUCAGUUUCUUAAAGAUGGACUUCAAAAGGCAGAACAACUUGGUGUAUCCACAGUGUAAAGAUAGGAUAAUGAAUCCUUUAAAAAUGUUUUAGACUUUUGCCUCAAAUAAAAAAAGCAAAGCAAUAAUUAUUUUUUUUACAGUAUCUUAAGUAUAGGAAAUAUUUCUUAAAUCAUUGCAGCCUUUAUGGCAACAUUGUAAUGUCCUGAACACAAUUUAUUGAAUAAUAAUCUUAUUAUCCAUGAGGAAAUUUGUCUUACAAUUUGUGCAUUAUGCAGAGCAAUCCUGUUACUGAAUUGAUGUAAAAAAAACAUUAUUAAUAUUCAUGACAUUAGUAUUUUACUAAACUUAUUGGAUUGUUCACUCCGAUUGACGGACUUGGACUUUGCUGAUGAUGUUGCACUACUCGGGGCUACAAAUAAAUGCAUUCAAGAAAUGACGGAGCACCUAGACAGAGAGGCACCCAAAAUUGGCCUCCGCAUAAACUUGGAUAAGACUAAAAUUAUGCGAGUGGGAUAUAAGACAAAGGGUGUCCCCGUCAGACUUGGCGAGUCAAAGCUUGAAGAGCUGGACAAGUUCACGUACCUUGGCAGCAUCAUAACAAAUGAUGGAGAUGCUUACCAUGAUGUAGCGUGCUGAAUAGGAAAGGCUGCAGCCUAUUUGGACUAACCAAGCCAUUCGACUCGAGACAAAAAUACACCUCGUCAUUCCAAAUGCUACAUAUGCAUGUGAGACGUGGAAGUCAUCUGUCAAAAUUGAGAAAAGACUAAAUGUGGCUCAACAGAGAUGGCUGAGACGGAUUUUAGGAGUCAGUUACACAGACCGGAUCUCAAACAAGGAAAUCCUAUGCCGAACUGGGAGUCAAACACUUAGUGAGGUUGUGACUGAGCGUCGCAUGAGGUUUGCGGGACAUGUUCUAGGUCAAAAUGAAUUACACACACCAAGAGUUGCGAUAACAUGGAAGCCAAAACAAGGAAAGUGCAAACAGGGACAUCCUCGUAUUACUUGGCGACACACCUUCAUUGAGGACCUCAGGGACACCAGGUGGGAGGAGGCUUCAGACAUUGCCAGUGACAGAUCUUUAUGGAGACAGCUUGCCACCCAAUGCGCCGAAUGGCGCGGGAGGACCUAAGUCUAAGUAAGUAUUGGAUUGUAGGAUUAAAAAAUAUAGUUAUCUAUUAUUAUUUUAUUAUAAAUUUCUUGUAUUCAAAUUCUUAGUAAUUUAAAAUGAUUCAGUAUAGCACUACCAAUUAACAUUUUCAUCAUUUUUUUGUGCAGUUUUCAGGACAUUCAAUCAUGUGCAAUCUUUUAGAUUUUCAUUCAAAAUUACCUCAUAAUCUUAAGAAGUAUUAUUAGUUUACAUAUAUUUAUAUAAAGUAGUAUUUUUGAUCAGUUUUUUUUUCCUUUUAAACUAUUGUAUUGGUGGAUUAUUACUGACCAUCGCUAAGAGUAUUUUGCUUUUAUUUAGGCAUUUUAUUUAUUUAUGUUUCAAUACAGCUUUUUAACUAUUUAUUGUGUUCAUUAGUAGAUCUGAUUUAUCUUGUGUUUAAAUUAUUUUUGAAACAAUUUUCCGUGGGCAUUAGUUAUUUUUAACACAAAGUAAGCCACUACAAUUGUUGAGUGAAUAAUAGUUGAAUGUAUGCUAGCACUAUUUGAUUAGCAAUAGUUUGAGGUAGUAGAUUUAUACUCUUCCUCCUCACUCAUUAUUUGAACACAAAACUUUUUACCAUUUCUAUCCCAGGAACACAAAGACUCUUACCCACUUUGUUAGUCUCUUACCCACUUUGUUAGUCUCUUACCCACUUUGUUAGUUUCUUACCCACUUUGUUAGUCUCUUACCCACUUUGUUAGUCUCUUACCCACUUUGUUAGAAAUACAUAAGAAUGAUUGACUAAAAAAUAUUUAAAAACCUUUAUCUUGGUGUAUUAAAGGAAAAAAAUGAAGAACUUUAACAAAUUGCACAGAACUGAGGAAGUAGUGUUGUUAACUUAACUGUACUUAACUAACUUAAUACUGUCACCUCCAUCAAAAAGGUUUGAGUCAUCUUUUCAAGAGACUUUCUCUAAUGCAGGCCAAGGUUGUCAUUCCAAUUUCCUCUUAAUUGGACUUGUGGGAGUAUUUGUUAAAAGAUUGGAAGCUUUCUGUGUUGGGCCAUCAAAUCAAAGUGACAACUGUUGAUAAAAUUCUGUAUUUUCUACACUGCCUGUAAAUGGUUUUAAAUUAAUUUUUGGUUGCUACAUUGAUCAAUAUUUUAAAUAAUGUAUUUUUUUUUUCUCUUCCAUGACAACUUUCAAGAGACCCCACAGCUUAGUAAUAAAUCUCUCAAAGAUGAAGAAAUUUUGCUGAAGUUUUUUAUCACAGGUGUAAUAGUAAAGACUAAAUUUUGUUCACAUUUUUUAAAGGAUAUAAAUUUGAAGUUUAUGCAUAAUCUAACUGAUCUGUUGUUGUUAGUGUAUUUAUUGUAGCAAGGGUGUGGUGCUCAUUAAACUUACGUGUUUUUUUUAUUUCAGGAUGUUUAAGACAUUUAGUGCCACUCAGCUAUCAGUUCAUGAAAACAAAGCCUGAAAAAUGCUACCAAUUUGCAUGGGGCUCUGUUGGAUUAUUUUGAGGUGUGGCUGGCAUUAAAUUCUGUAUAUCCUUGAGUUAAGAUCUGACAUGUGUAUGCUUUAACAAUACACUUUUUUUAAUCAUUUUUCUUUCUAUAGUGGAAAAAAAAUAAUUUAACUACUAACUUUAAUGUAUCUGUAGCAUUUGUGACUUAUAACUCCUUGGUGCCGUUUCUGCAUAAACCAUUUACUUUUGAACUUUUGUCAAUAGAAAGAAUGUUAAAUAAAAGACUUACUGUACUUAGAAUUUUACUAAAUAAAUUACAAUGUCUUUUUCUUUGUGCUUUCAGCUUGUACUAAACUAUUCCAAUCAAAAUGUAAUACUAACAACAAUGAAACAUUUUCUAUAAGAUUUCCUUCUGACUUUAUGUUAAAACAAAGCUGAAACCAAAGACUAUUUCUUGGAGUUUGUACUCACCAUCAUUUGUACAUUUGAUAUUACUUUGUAAACAUAAACAUAUUUUUUUUUGAGAUGUUCAUUUCAUGUAUAUGUUAAAAGAAAAUAAACAUAUCAUUUGGUU